GAAGCUUAUAGGGAAACUCCAACCUUGAAAUAAAUGCUAAAACCACUUUAACCGAGGAGAGACUCUGUACGGCUGUAAUUCCUGUGAGAGCAUAUGAGAGUAUGAUGGAGAAGAUAUACAUCCACAGGAUACUCACUUUAUUUCCAAAUGCCAUAGCUCGGAAAUUACUGCUGAUAUUGAUAUUUGUUUUAAUUUUCUCGGUCAUUUACUUGGCUUCAGAAGACCUCACAAAGUUCUUGUUCAGCUUGAAAAACCGUAUCACCCUGAACCAAAGGAAUAUCUUAAAGAUGUUCUCACACUCUGAAGCACCACUGAAUCCAGCAGUUUUGCCAACAGAGACCCAGGAGAGAAUAAAGGAAAUCAUUGAGAAACUAGACCAGUGGAUCCCGCCCAGACCUUUCACCCAUGUGAACACCACCACCAGCGCUGUACACAGCACAGUCUCCAUCCUCAACCCCCGAGAAACAUACUGCAGGGGGGACCAACUGGACAUCCUGCUGGAAGUGAGGGACCACCUGGGACGCAGGAAGCAAUAUGGCGGGGAUUUCCUGAGGGCCAGGAUGUCCUCCUCAGCCCUGAAGGCUGGCGCUUCAGGAAAGGUGACCGACUUCAAUAAUGGCUCCUACCUUGUCAGUUUCACUCUGUUCUGGGAGGGCCAGGUCACCCUGUCUCUGCUACUCAUCCACCCCAGUGAAGGGGCAUCAGCUCUCUGGAGGGCAAGGAACCAAGGCUAUGAUAGGAUAGUGUUCAUUGGCCGAUUCGACGAUGGCAUCUCCCAGGUCCAUUCUGAAUGUGGCCUGGCCCUAAAUACAAGUGCCGAACUGUGCCAGUACCUGGACGACAGAGACCAAGAAGCCUUCUACUGCGUGAGGCCUCAACACUUUCCCUGUAAGGCCUUGACGCACAUGUUCACUAAGAAUAGAAACAUUUCCUAUCUUAGCAAGGAAGAAUGGAGCCUUUUCCACAGGUCCAACACAGGGGUUGAAAUUAUGAAGAAUUUUACCCCCAUCAAGGUCAUACCAUGUAACGAGAGUGUGAAGAUAAAAAAGAAAUGUCAGAUUGGAAUGAAGACUCCUUUCCCCAGUGGCUAUACUUUGGGAGAAAGGUGGAUUACAACAUUUUGCAAACAGAUCGAGUUCAAUGCAACAAAAAAUAUAAAUGACUGCUUGGAAAGAAAACUUAUUUACCUCAUGGGAGACUCAACACUGCGUCAGUGGAUUUACUACUUAAGAAAAGUUGUGAAAACCUUGAAAUAUUUUGACCAUCAUGGAACUGGGAUCUUUAAAACACAUAUUCUUCUGGAUGUCGAAAGACAAAUUUUGAUUCAGUGGAAAAAACAUAGUCAUCCAUUUGUGACCCAAACGCCAUUCUCGGUGAGAGAUGAAAACUAUAUCCCACGGGAAAUUGACCAGGUAGCAGGAGACAGUGACACAGCUAUUGUCAUUACCCUUGGCCAACACUUCAGACCCUUUCCCAUCAACAUUUUCAUCCGUAGGGCCAUCAAUAUUCAAAAGGCCAUUGAACGUCUGUUUUUGCGAAGCCCAGAGACCAAGGUGAUACUUAAAACGGAAAACACCAGGGAUAUACAUCAAAAUUCAGAGAUGUUUAGUGACUUUCAUGGCCAUAUUCAGAAUCUUAUCAUAAGGGAUAUUUUUAUGGAUCUUAAUGUGGGUAUUAUUGAUGCCUGGGACAUGACAAUUGCAUAUUACACAAAUAAUGCCCAUCCACCUGAUUAUGUCAUAGGAAAUCAAAUUGGCAUGUUCUUAAACUACAUUUGCAAGAGGAAAGAUACAGAAAAAUAG